CUUCAAUUCUAAUUAAGUAGAGUUUUCAAAAGCAUGUACUAAUUUAUUAAGUAAUUGUAGUUAGAAGUAUUAAAUUGCAAGUUGCAGCAAUUAAUUAAAAAGAAAAGAAAAGAAAAUCAAAGUUUAAACCACAGAAACAUGGGUUAGGAAAUUUUAUGUGAAACGCAUGUAUAAUCAAAAUAUAAGUUUAAACAAUAAUGUUCUUUUAAUUGUUUAUAAGUGAGAUUGAGAAAGAAAAGAAAAUCAUAGUUUAAUCAUAUAUUAGGAAAUUUUAUGUGAAAUGCAUGUAUAAUCAAAAUAUAAGUUUAAACAUGAAGGUUUGAGAUGGAUUUAAAUUGAAAAAUCAAAUUAAACUGAACUGAUUUAUAAAUAAAUAAAUAAGACACCCUUAGGUGAGCCUGGUAGCUAGCACAGAGAAAGUACCACCAUGGAAACAACUGUUCAGCCUCUGCUACACUCAUCAUCAAAAACCUCUCACCACAAAUCUCUUUAUCUACUUCUCUGUUUUGCAUCUAUCUUCUUCACCUUCUAUGUUAUCAAUAAUAACUUAUUAUUUAAUCCUCCAUUUCAAAACAUAUGUGUCCAUGCCCAUGAUCACCAGUCAUGCCUAGCCAUCGUCUCAGAAAUAUCCUCCAACACCACCACCACCACCAAACUCAACCAUGUCCAUUUACUUCAACUCUUGCUAAAGAAAUCCACAUCUCAAAUUCAAAAUAUCAUCCAACAAGCCAACCAUUACAGCCACCGGAUCAAUGAUCCUGGUAAUCAAGGUGCUCUAGUUGAUUGUGUGAAUCUGAUGGAGCUAUCUAUAGAUAGACUUGCAGACUCUAUACUGGCUCUUCAAAGUGUUACACCCAAUUCCCAUGCAGAUGCUCAUACAUGGCUCAGUAGUGUGCUUUCCAACCAUGUUACGUGUCUAGAUGGUCUAAACCUGCAGGGUCCAUUCAGGUUCUCAAUUGAGCCAGGGCUCAAGGACCUGAUUGCAAGAGCAAGAGCCUCUCUAGCCAUACUGGUGGAAGUUUCACCGGAGAAAGAUGGCCUGCUUUGGCCAUUGAAGGGAGAGUUUCCGUCAUGGGUAACGAGUAGGGAUCGAAAACUCUUGCAAGCUUUGCCUGGGGAUGUGAAGGCCAAUGUUAUAGUGGCGAAAGAUGGGAGUGGUAAUUACAAGACUGUUAAAGAAGCUGUGGCUUCUGCUCCAAAUGAUGGAAAGACAAGAUAUGUUAUUUAUGUGAAGAAAGGGACAUAUAAAGAGAAUGUCGAAGUGGGAAAGAGUAAAAAGAAUGUGAUGCUGGUUGGUGAUGGCAUGGAUUCAACCAUCAUAACUGGUAGUUUGAAUGUUGUUGAUGGAUCAACAACUUUCAACUCUGCAACCUUAGCUGCUGUUGGUGAUGGAUUCAUAGCCCAAGACAUCUGGUUCCAAAACACAGCAGGGCCGGCGAAACAUCAAGCGGUGGCACUCCGGGUUGGUGCCGAUCAGUCAGUCAUAAACCGCUGCCGUAUUGAUGCUUACCAAGACACACUCUACGCUCACAGCAAUCGUCAAUUCUACAGAGAGAGCUUCAUCACAGGCACAGUGGAUUUUAUAUUCGGGAACGCAGCUGUUGUGUUCCAAAAGUGCAAAAUCGUAGCUCGAAAGCCCAUGACUGGGCAAAAAAACAUGGUGACAGCCCAAGGCCGAACUGACCCAAACCAAAAUACAGGCACUUCAAUCCAACAAUGUGACGUAAUAGCAAGCUCAGAUCUUGAGCCAGUUAAGAAGUCGAUCAAAGCAUACUUGGGCCGUCCAUGGAAAGAGUAUUCGAGAACUGUAGUGAUGCAGUCAAUCAUCGGUGACCAUAUUGAUCCUUCAGGGUGGUCGCCUUGGGAUGGAGAUUUUGCACUGAAGACAUUGUAUUAUGGGGAAUAUAUGAACAAGGGAGCAGGUGCUGGUACUAGUAACAGAGUCAAAUGGCCAGGUUACCAUCUCCUUAAUACUGCUGAGGCCGAGAAAUUCACGGUUGCAGAGCUGAUCCAAGGAGGGGUAUGGUUGAAAUCUACUGGAGUUGCUUAUACUGAAGGCCUGUGAAUCAUGGAUUAGGCUUUCUUUUAUUUAGUAAGGAUAUGUUUUAUGAGAAUAAAUAUGGGUGGAGAAUCGGCAAAAAUAAAAUUCGGGACCAAGAGGGUCAACUUUGCU